AUGUCCCUCAGAAGAGGACAGACGGUUUGCCGGGGUGGAACGCAGCGACCGUGCUACAAAAUAGUUUAUUUUCACGAUGCCUCACGCAGGAUCAGCUAUGAAGAAGCACACCUUGCCUGCAGAGCUGAUGGUGGACAUCUAGUCAGUAUUGAAACAGAAGCAGAGCAAAGACUGAUUGAAAAAUUUAUUGAGAGUCUCUUAGCUUCUGAUGGAGAUUUUUGGAUAGGGCUCCGGAGGAAAAAGGAGGAGGUAGACAAUAAUACAGAAUGUCAGAACCUCUACUCCUGGUCAGAUGGCAGCUCAUCCAAGUUCCGGAAAUGGUAUGUGGAUGAGCCAUCCUGUGGGAGUGAAAUCUGUGUUGUGAUGUACCACCAGCCAUCUGCCCCACCGGGUGUCGGAGGUCCUUACAUGUUUCAAUGGAAUGAUGACAGAUGCAACAUGAAAAACAACUUCAUUUGCAAAUACUCUCCUGAAAACUUACUGAGCAAGAAGCUUCCCUGCAGUUCGCAGUUCCCUUGGUCUAUUCUAGAAUCCAUUCUGCAGGAACACAGCCUUGCUGCUGUUGAUGUAGUAUCUGGGACCACUGAUGUUGCAACAGAGCCUGUGAACCCGGUAUUCCCAGAAGAAGGCCACAAGAAAGAUGUUAACGUAACAGUUGUGGGAGCCAAAGAACCUGUUCAGAGUGUUGCCUACAUCCUUAUUCCCAGCAUUCCUGUGCUACUUCUCCUGACGGUCGUUACAGCCAUCUUCUGUUUUUGGCUUUUGGCAAAGAGGAGACAGGAGCGGAUAGAUACAAGCCCAAAGGAGGAAGAUGCAUGGCUGUCCAACCUCAGGAGGAACAGUCCAAAUCUGGACAUUUACAAAGUAAUCAAGAAGCAGUCAGAAGCAGAUCUGGCUGGAACCAGGCCUGACACUAAGAAUUCUUCCUUCCAGAGACAGGAAGACAAGGUGCUUGACAGCCUCUCAAGGGAUUAUGAUGACGCGGCAAUGAAUACAUCAACAAGUGGCUUUGUGACAUUGGCCAGUACUGAAAGUGGCUUUGUGACCAAUGAUAUCUAUGAGCUGUGUGGAGAUCGUGUGGGGAGGAGCAAGGAAUCAGCCUGGGUGGAGAAUGAGAUUUAUGGAUAUUAA